CGAUUUGAUUCUUUUUUUUUAUUUCAUAUUUAUUCAUUUCUCUCAGUCUUACGAGGAGAAAAACACGUGAUUUGAGAAAAUUUUUGAAAAAAAAAAUCUACGCUUUUUGAAGGUGAAGUUUGGAAAUCGAACAAUUCCUUCUGUCGUGUAUCCUCGAUUAAUGCAACCUCAGAUGCUAUGUUUCAAUUCUCGAUUCUAGUAUUAAGCGAAAGGUUACACCUAGAGGUUCUGUAUUACGGGUCAAUCCUACUCUACUAAUGCUAAUAGGCAGCAUAGGGGAAGAAGCGCUACACCUAGGAAUCAACAACACGAAAACUUUGUUCUAAGUCAGCCCUUCCCUUAGCGGGCUUGGGACUAAAAGAAUGGUUGGGACAACAAACAUCCACCUCGUUCGUCCUUUGGAUACCCGUAUAACCAUCGAAGGCUAUUGAAGUGACUAAUUCCUAUAAAUUAGGAGGCGUUAAAAACAAAGAAAUUGUUGGAGUUAUCUUAUCAUUUCUAUCUAGUCCCAAUAGGCUUGAUGUUAAGAAAGAAUCUCUUGCAGGAAGGUUGGCUAGAGAUUUCUUGUAAAAACACUAGCCCUGCUGAGUUCAUAAUGAGAAUAUUUUCAUCAUUAAAUAUUUUUUUCUUAUUCUAUGUAUUAUUCUCAUUAUGCACAUAAGGGAGGAGUCGUAUGAGGUGAAAUUCUCACGUACGGUUCUGGAACGGAGAUUCUUUCAAUUGAAUGACGACCGUAACGGAUGUCGGCUCAAUCCGAAGGAAAUUACGCGGAAGAUUUGCAGAAUUAUUAUGAAGCUAUGCGACUAGAAAUUGAUCCCUAUGAUCGAAGUUAUAUACUCUAUAAUAUAGGGCUUAUCCACACAAGUAAUGGAGAACAUACGAAAGCUUUGGAAUAUUAUUUUCGAGCACUAGAACGAAACCCAUUCUUACCACAAGCUUUUAAUAAUAUGGCCGUGAUUUGUCAUUACGUGCGACUAUCUCCACUAUAGAAAGAAAAAAAAGAAAAAUCUAGUAAAGUAACUACUAGAACCAAAUAGGCUUUCUACAUAUGCAUCGUCUAAAACAACGAUUUUUAUCAGCUGUAGCAAAGAAAGAAACUUCAUAGAAGUCAAAAUAGGAAAAAAUAAAAAUGCCUAGCAACUUUUUCUAUGGAUAUAAGGCUUUAAUUGACAGAGAGAGAGGAAGCACCGUAAAUAUCAAUUAGCGAGGUUUUGGGCCGAUACAAUAAUAACUGCGUACUUAUCUCAUAAUGUGAGAUAAGAAUUAGGAAUUAACUUAUGUAAUAGAGUCAAUCCACUAAAGUCUUGAGCAGCGGUGUAGGAUCAAAUCCCAAAGAUAGUAAGUAUUUUCUUUCUUAUGAAAGAAAGUCUUUUUCAAAGAUUCUAUAUAAAUUUAUCUAUGAAACCGAGAUAGUUACCUUUCAGAAAAUUCUACCAGUAGUAGAAAUGCCUAUGCUUUAUUCUUCUGAAGGUGGGAAAAAAGAUAAAACUAAAUAAACGGAUUAUUCAUCCAAAUUUCAGUUUGAAAUUCAUGUAAUUAACCUAUUUUUCUUUUGAUUAACCCUAAAACUGGGAUAGAUCCACGAGAAAUCUGAUUAGAUAGAUAUGGUAUACAUCAAAAUGGGACACCAAAAGAAUUGACUGCUGAGCCGUAUGAGGUAAGAAAUUCUCAAGUACGGUUCUAAGGGAAGGAGUUGAACUACCUAUUCCGGCUGGGGAGAACAGGCCAUUCAACAGGGAGAUUCUGAAAUUGCAGAGGCUUGGUUCGAUCAAGCCGCUGAGUAUUGGAAACAGGCUAUAGCGCUUACUCCCGGUAAUUAUAUUGAAGCGCAUAAUUGGUUGAAGAUCACGAGACGUUUCGAAUAAAAGGAGACCCUGUUUAUUUAUUAUCCUUUAUUUAGAAUUUAGAUAUUUGUUAUAAUUAAUUGUUUGUUGGACCCAUCAGAUCAGUUAACUAAAAAACGGAUCAUUCCUUUGCUUUUGGAAGACCCAAUCACAUAAUUUCAUUAUCUCCCUUCUAAGCCUUCUAUUUCACUUCUAUAUUCAUCUGCUAUUUUUUAGGAAUAAAAAAGACAGAUAGAGGACAAAAUAGACUUCUUUUUAUUCUAUUUAUUUAUUACUUAUUUAUAUUAAUAUAUUAAAUAUUAAAAUUAUUUAUUUAUAUUAAAAAUUAAAUAUUAAAAAAUAAAAAAUAUUAAAAUGAAAAAAUUCAAUUAAACAAAAUUCUUAUUAGUUAUUAGUAUUAAAACUAAUAAAAGAAACCCUUGAAUCACUAAAUAUAUAUAUACCGGGGAUGUCUCGUAGUAAUGUCUAAUGGCUACUAGCGUGAUUUGGAAUAGAGUAAUUACAAUCUUCUAGGUAAAAAAUUAAAGAGCUCUAUCUAAUAACUUCUAUGAAUAUACACUAGGUUGCACAAAAAAGUCAUUUUUGGAUCAAUCCAAAGCCCAAAAAGGUUUUUAAAAGGUUAAAGGGUCCGUUGAGCGCCUCAAGGCUAUGUCAUA